UCGCGAGAGCGCGGCGGCGCGCGGCCAGCGGCGGCCGCUCCCCAUAAAAAGAGGGACGGGGCCCGGCCUCCGUACUGUGCGGCGGCGCUCGAGCUUCGAGGCGGCGGCGGCUGUGACGGCGCGUUUCUUCCCCGGGCUCUGUAAGAUUCAAGACCUGAAAAAAUGGCAUUAGCAGCAAUUGAUCCACAACAGAACAUUGUAUCGAGGGUAGCAAACCUUCCUUUGGUGAGCUCCACUUAUGAUAUGGUGUCUACAGCCUACAUAACCACAAAGGAUAACCAUCCCUAUUUGAAGUCAGUAUGUGAGAUAGCAGAGAAAGGAGUGAAGACAAUUACUUCAGUAGCCAUGACUAGUGCUAUGCCUAUCAUCCAGAAACUGGAACCACAGAUUGUGGUUGCCAACAACUAUGCUUGUAUAGGUCUUGAUAAAAUUGAAGAGAGACUUCCUAUACUGAAUCAACCCACUGAUAAGGUUGUUGCCAAUGCUAAGGGUGUAGUUGUUGGAGCCAGAGAAGCUGUAACAACCACCAUGACUGGUGCCAAGGAAACUGUUGCUCACAAAAUCACUGGAGUUGUGGGCAAGACUAAAGAAGCAGUGCAAGACAGUGUAGAAAUGACUAAGUCUGUUGUCAAUGGUGGCAUCAACACUGUCUUGGGAAGUCGUGUGGUGCAAAUGAUGAGCAGUGGAAUGGACAGUGCUCUCACUAAAUCAGAGACCCUUGUAGACCAGUAUCUCCCACUAACAGAAGCAGAACUAGAAAGAGAAGCUGCGAAAGUUGAAGGUUUUGAAGUUGGAGUCCAAAAGCCAAGUUAUUAUGUUCGACUAGGAUCUCUGUCUUCAAAGUUCCGUGCACGUGCCUACCAACAAGCCUUAAACAAAGUGAGAGAUGCUAAACAAAAAGGCCAGGAGACAAUUUCUCAGCUGCACAACACUGUUAGUCUGAUCGAGUAUGCCAGAAAGAACAUGAAUAGUGCCAAUCAGAAACUUCUUGGUGCUCAGGAAAAGCUUUAUCAAUCCUGGGUAGAAUGGAAGAAAAAUACAGGUCAAAAUGAUGGUGAUGAAUCGCAUAGUGCUGAGCACAUUGAGUCAAGAACUCUAGCUAUUGCGCAGAGUCUCACUCAACAGCUUCAGACCACCUGCCUCACACUGGUUACGAGCAUACAGGGGCUGCCACAGAGUGUGCAGGAUCAGGUUUACAGUGUUCGCUCAAUGGCUGGUGAUGUCUACGAAAUCUUCCGAUCAGCAUCCUCCUUCCAGGAACUAUCAGACAGCUUUCUUACUACUAGCAAAGGACAGCUGAAGAAAAUGAAGGAGUCUCUGGAUGAUGUGAUGGAUUAUCUUGUUAACAACACACCGCUCAACUGGCUGGUAGGUCCCUUUUACCCACAACUGCCUGGCCCUCAGCAUGCUGAGAACGAAGGUGAAGGGGAGAAAAAUUCCAGCCAGAAAGACAAACAGCUUGAACACAAUAUUGAGUAAAUUGCACAGCAUGUGUGUACCCUGCAGACUGGCCAAACAAGUGAUGUUUAACAACUGUAGCUGUCAAAAAGUCUCAGAGAAAAAACAUGGAGUGGUGAGAAGAGACUCUCCCACAAAUCAGUUGUAAAGCUAUUCUAAAACAGACAUGUGAUUAAGUGCCUAAAAAUUGGCAGCUUACAGUUGUCAGGAUGCCUUGUUUGUCUGUAAAGUCAAGAAACCUCACCUUGCUUAAUAAUGGUACUAAUCAUUUUAUUCUAAAUUAGAUAAAUUGCAAUUAAAAGCAUUUCAUUUGUUGUUUAAUUUCUUAUCAGAAUAAUCUCAGAAUGGCUUGGGUUGGAAAGGUCUUCAAGGAUCAUCAGGUUGCAAGCCCCUUGUGCUGGAAGGGUUGCCAACAGUUAGAUCAAGCACUAGGCGAGGUUGCAGGGUCCUAUCCAGCCUGGCCUUGAAUGCCUGCAGGGACGGGCCAUCCACAACCUCUGGACAGCCUGUUCCAGGGCCUCACCUACCCUCUAAGCAGAAAAACUUCCCCUGACAUCUAAUCUAAGUCUUCCUUCCUUUAGUUUGAAACCAUUCCCCCUUCUCCUAUCACUAUCUGCCAGUGUUUUUUUUUUUUUUUUUAAAAAAAAGAGUUAAAAUAUCUCUUCUGUUUAUAAUUCCCCUUUAAGUAUAACAAAGUCUCCCCACAGCUGCUGGCCCAGCUCCUUCAGCCUGUUUCCAUAUUAGAGGUACUCCCACCUUCUGAUCAUCCUUGUGGCUCUCCUCCAGACCCUCUCCAAAAGCUCAGAAUCUUCUCUGUGCUGGUGGCCCCGGUCCUGGAUGCAGUACUCCAGAUGGGACCUUGUAAAGGUGGAGUAGAGAGGGAUGCUCACCUCCCUCACCCAGCUGGCUUCUCUUCUGAUGUAGCCCAGGGUACUGUUGGCCUUCAAGCGCUUGCUGUUGGCUCACAUCAAAUUUCUCAUCUAGCAGGACCCCUCAAUCUUUCUUGGCAGGGCUACUCUCAAGAAGUUCUCCCGGACUGUACUCAUAUCUGGGAUUGCUUUAUUAUACUUUAAGUUCAUGGGGGCUUGCCUUUCAAGUUUAUCAAGGUCCCUCUGGAUGGCAUCCCUUCAUUCUACCAUAUCAGCUGCACGACUCAGCAUGGUUCCAUCUGCAAACUUGCUGAGGGUGCACUGCAUCCAGUCAUUGCUGGCCUCCACCUGGACACAGAGCCAUUGACCAUAACCUUCUAGCUGUGGCCUUCCGCCUGAGUCCUUAUCUACCAAAUAGUCCAUCCUUCAAAAUUUAGAGAUAAGGAUGUGCUGGGAAAGAAAGAAACCCAGCAUAUAAUAGCCUUACGUGCUAUGAAAUGCAUUUAAAAGCUUUGCAUUUUAGCUAAGUGUACUUAAAUUCUGUAUUUGCUGCAGAUUAUGCGUUUGAUUAUUAUUUUGUAUCUGGCUGUCUUAAAGGAACUGCUACCUAAUUCAUGAAAAUACGUGCAGAAAUCCAUAGCAGGAAGUGGGGUUUCUGACUGAGUCAGCUUGAGUUACUUAAAUGCUGUGCCAGUGUUCUUACUAACAGUACAAUUGUAUUACACAGCAACUUGACUAAAUCAUUAUCAAAGUGUAUUUUUCAUAACAUAGUAUAAAGACAAGAUUCAUGCUGUUUGUACCCAGCUGCCUGCUGUUGUAUGCUUUUUUUGUAGCCAACUUUUUGUAAUUCAUUUUGUACUUUAGUAAUAAAUGCUUCAGCAGCCAAAGUCUGUCUCCAUUUGAAUGGUGUGCAAAACUUGUAACUUGCUGUUCUGUGACUCUUUCAAGCUGGGUCUGAGAGAAAGCAAGCUUGCAAUGCAAAAGUAGACAUUAAAAAUGUGUUUGUGUGUGUCUGUGUGUAUAGAUAAGUAACGUCUUCCUUCCUCCUUUUGAGUUCUUGUGUACCCUUCCAUUCAGUCUUCGCUUUACUGUUGCUUUUUUUUGGUGUUUACUGUUAAUGAUCUCAGCUGUGAACUUGCAGAUGGUCUUACAGUGACUAAAAAGGAUAUAGGCAAAAGUCAACGUUCUCUUCCCUUUAAGUGUUCUCUGAGUAUGAAACUCCCAGCUACCUGCUUUGGCUGCUGGCUCCCUAUAGCCAGUAUAAAUUAUUUCUUUAACUUUACGUAUGCUCUUUUGAACUUGACUGAUACGAAUUUAACACUCAAGACUUUGGAGUUGUUCACCAGUAAGUCUUGUGAUUCCUUGCUCUGCAAGGGAGUUACUGUAACUCAGAAAUAAGAUGCCAUGGUUUAGAGCUCUCCAGAUAAAUCUAGCGCUCUGUGCAUUGCAAUCAUUUAAUGCAGCAGCAAUGGUCUUGGUUUCAAAGAGGUCAUCAAGUAGAGUGAUGCAAAGCUGGAGUUCCCUGUCAAAGGGAAGCCUGUCCCCUAGUCAAAGGUGCAGUUAGUUGGCAUGUUUAUACAUGGACGAAUGCCUCCUUCCUGGUAUAGUUGUGAGCACUAAAACAAGUUAUAUACACUCUGGCCUUCUUAUGGGAGUGGAUUAAAACUUUUGGAAUCUAAAAAAGAGUAUAAUAAAAUUGUAAUGACAGAGGACUAUAGAUUAGGAUUCUAGAAUUUUCGGCCUUAAAUACUUGUUUUUUGCAUAAGGGGUUUUUAAGUGUAAGUUAAUAUGAGGCAGCAAGAUAUCUUUCCAUCUAGAACCUGAGUUAAGCCUCUUGUAAUUCUUUCAGCAAUUAAUUCUGUUUUAAGUACUGACCAAGUUCUUUUUAAUCUCUGUAAUAGGAGUUAUAGGAUGCACCCUUUGUAGCAAUGCUUUGAAGGAGAGCAGGGCUAAUCAGGUUUGCAAGCAGCUGUUCAUUCAAUGAAGGGACUCUCCAUUUUUAUGCAUAUUUUUUAAAGCUCAGGUAUGGCUACGGACCUUCAAACUGAAAAGAGGAAUCAAAUAAGAUAUAUAAAUGGCUCACUGUCUGAAGAGUGAGAAAUAAACAGCAGUAAUUGAUAUUACUGCAACAGUAAGAGCUUUCUGUUCUGCCUUAAGUUGCACUCAGGAUCGCACUCUUUUAGAGGGUUAUCUAGCCUUACUAAUGACCAGCAAGAAGACAAAAAUAGAAAGCAAAGAAAUAAUUUCCCUGUCAAGUCCUGAGAAACGUUCAUCUCACUGUGUAUUAUUGUGUGGCUUCUGUGUAAGUUAUUUUGACUUUCUACAGCUGAGCUACAGCUAGUGUCCACAAAUAGAGGAAUGACUGGUUAAAUAUUUAUAUAACGGCUGAGCUGACAGUAUGUUGUGCCAAAACACUGUACAAAAACUUUGUAUCAUUCUACUGUGGUUUCUUUUUUAACCUGCUUACAAAGCAAGUGUACAGAAUAUUAAGGAAUUAGGAACCUUGGUUGGUGGACGCGAAGGCUAAGUAAUGGUGAAUUAAUAUGAUCCUGAUUUAUUAUAUCAAAUGCAAGUCCUUGGAUUUAAAUUAUUAGAUUUUUCCUAAUGAGGAAUGCACUGGAUGCUUGAACUGAACUGCAACACUAACUUGUGUGGAUAUGUUCUUGCUGGUAAUCUUAGAUGGUUUAUCCUUGGACUAUAAUAAUUACAAUACUCAGAAUGAAAUUUUCUGCCUUUUUCUAGCACAGCCUGAAAGAAUGUCUGCUAAAAUGCCCACUAGAGUUAAGGAUGACUUAGAUAUCUUCCAAAGUCAUAGGUUUUUUGCAGCAGUAUAUGAGAACCUAUGGACUGAAAAUGAUUAACAUUCUAAUAACUGCUGAAAACUCAAAUGGAAGGAGAAAAGCCUAAAAUAUUAACAAGAGCCUACUCGUAAAUUUUCCCUGUAAUUUUACUAGUUUCUUAAUUAUUGCAUAUAUCAAACAGUUCAGAUACACUACACAGAAACUUAGAAUCAUCAACUUAGUAUACUUUUAGUUCAAAAAACACAAGGGUUUUGUUUGGGCUACAGAGCUCUGACAUUUUACAGAACCAUGGAAUUGCUUGAGUUGGAAGAGACCUUGGAAUCUUGUUCCAUUCAUGCUAGUUGAAACUUCCCUUCUCACUUGCCAUUGUUGCUUAUCAUCAUUGGCUGAAAAGUAUUAAAUACAAACAUUCAUAAAAAAAACUCCCCAUAGUAUGAAAGCUUCACAAGCAUGUCCAUAGCAGCACACAUGUUGGCAAAAUCCAUAUUAAAAGAUUUGUGUAAGCAAAAGACUUGCUGCUGGGCCCCAGCUAGUUUGCCUGAAACUGCAGGG